AUGGCCUUCUUUCUCAGGCGACUGGCGAACGCCGCGUCGAUCUACUCCGGCGGCCAGAAAAAUUCCGGGUCACGUCUCCGAUUCGGAGCCCUUGCUGCCAUUUCCGGCGCCAUCUCCUCGUAUUACUUCAUUUCCUCACCGAGUUUGGUUUAUUUGGAUCAACUGAGUGAAGAUUCUACAGAAAAAAUUGAUUGGACUUAUACUGACGAAAACUUAGGACACGAGUCCAGGCGUAAAAUGCAUGAGGCUUCCGAACUGGUUCUUAACGAGUCUACAGUGUUGCAAAUGGCUGUGAAGGAGUCCCUCGGCAAGGAUCUUGCUGAGGAGGCGAAAAACAGUCUGAAAGAGAGUGUGAAAGAAAAUUUAAAGGAGGCCAUCGUUUUCACUGGGGUACACUAUGUUUGCGUGCUGGAAAAGAAAGAGCAGGCCCAAGUGUAUGACUCGCACCAGAAAGGAAGGCAGCUGGGGCAGCUAGUCGUUGCUAAGGACAAAGGUCUCAAACUUCAACAGGAAGGAGAUAGGAAGUUGGGUGAGAUUCUGUCAGAGCUGAAAGGUCUCAAAGGUCUGUUAGUUGGAGGUAAGGGGGAUGGAUCUGGGGAGUGGAAUGGGAAGGGAUCUGGGGAGGGGAAUGGGAAUGGAUCUGGGGAGGGGAAUGGCAAGGGAUCUGGGAAGGCUUGA